GGCUCCUUUAUUCCUGACAGUAACUGGCCAUGCUCCCUGUUCCCAACACUAGUUUCCACAUGCCAUCCACCUUCCUCCUCAUCGGAAUCCCUGGUUUAGAAAAUGGAGAUGUGUGGAUAUCAGUCGUCUUCUGUGCCCUCUAUAUCCUGGCCAUCCUGGGCAACAGCUCCUUACUGUACAUCAUCAAAACCGAGGAGACCCUCCAUACCCCCAUGUAUUUCUUCCUCUCCAUGCUUGCCCUCAACGACUUGGCCUUCUGCAGCUCCACUGUGCCAAAGACCCUGGGGAUCUGGUGGGUGAAUAGUGGUCUUAUUGAUGCCACCAGCUGCCUCGCCCAAAUGUUCUUCGUCCAUUGUCUUUCAGUCAUCGAGUCAGGGAUCCUGGCCGCAAUGGCAUACGACCGCUUUGUGGCCAUCUGUUCCCCGCUCAGAUAUAGUUCGGUCCUCACCUACGGCCUUCUGCAAAAUAUUGCGCUUGUCAUUCUGCUCAGAGCCAUCGUGGUCAUCAUUCCCCUUCCUAUUCUGGCAGCACAACUCCAGUACUGCGGUGGGAAUGUUGUGCUGCACUCGUACUGCGAUCACAUGGCCGUGGUCAAUGUAGCGUGUGGCAACAAAUAUGCUGACAGUGUUUACGGAUUAGCGAUGUCUCUUUGUGUCACCGGGUUUGACUUGCUCAUCAUUGGACUGUCCUACUCUAUGAUCCUACGAGCCAUCUUCAAGAUGCCCACCAAGGUUGCCCGUCGGAAAGCAGUAGGAACCUGCAGCUCCCACAUCAGUAUUAUAGUCGUGGCUUAUUUCUGUGCGAUCUUCUCAUUCAUCACGUACAGGUUUGGACAGAACUCCAUCCCUCAUAACGUCCACAUCCUCUCCUCCAAUUUUUAUGUCUUAUUCCUGCCCUUCUGGAACCCCCUUAUCUACGGCAUGAAGACAAAGCAAAUCCGACAACGGCUCAAAAGCAUUCUCUUCUAUCAAAGUACAUUUCCAUGGAACAGGCAUCAAAGUAGCAUAAAAAGGUUCUAGAGAAGAUUUUAUUUUGCUUUGACUGAAAAUGUAUCACAAAUU